AUGGUGAGACGCCGUUUGAGUGGCACCAGAUACGACGCAGAUGGAGAGUUGCCACGCGCGAUUCACGUGAAUCAACAGAGGUCAAGGGUUAUUUCGCUUUGUGAAUCAGGAACAAACUCUGCCUGUGCCUGGUGCUUGGUACCGAAAAAGCAAAAGGUCUCAUCAACUAUCUACUCCACUACCAGAGAGACGCUGUUGGUUUCGUGCCUCGAGAUGAGCUGGAACUUUGUUCACUCGGUAAGACACGGCAACUGCAGCAUAACAUUGGAAAUGGAGAAGUUUACCAAGGUCAAGGUGCUGGACCUGACUAGUGGCACGAAAUCAUACGGGGAGACCCAAACAACUGAUGAUGGCUACUCUUGA